GUGAGAUUUAUUUCUCCCUUUUCUUUGGACUAUAGUACUCAAAUCUGUGAAUAUCUGAACUGGACUCUCUUUUCUCUACUAUCUCCAUUGAAAGCCGACUUUUAGAACCUACAACAUGACAGAAACACGCCCAACCCACUCCAGAACUCGAUCUAUGACCUUAGGCGGGGUAAGUUCUCGGAUUCUGGAGGGGAAGCUUGCAAUUGUGACAGGAGCAUCAAGAGGCAUCGGAGAAGCAAUUGCCCAUAAUCUGGCUUCCAAAGGCGCCAAUUUGAUACUCAACUACACUUCCGACUCCUCAAGUAAAGCGACAGCAGACCUCUCUUCUCUGCUCACAGAGGAAUAUGGAGUUACUUGUCUGGUAAUUCAAGCAGACAUGGGCAUCCCAACCGGCCCAGCCCACAUUGUAAAUACAGCAAAGAACCACUUCGCCCAUCCCAAAACCGGCAAAUUCCAAAUCGACAUUCUAAUCAACAACGCCGGCGUCUCUAAGAAUCUUACCGUCCCCGAAUGCACGAUUGCCGAUUUUGACUGGCAAUACAAGAUCAACGUUCUCGGCCCCCUACUACUUCUCCAAGCCGUUCUUCCAUACCUACCAAACGAUCGAAGCGGCAGGAUAGUUAAUCUGAGCUCAGUGUCGAGUUCGCAGGGAUUCACUGGACAGAGCGUGUAUGGUGGGACGAAGGCUGCUUUGGAGGCUAUGACGAGAACUUGGGCAAGGGAGUUGGCGGAGAGGGCGACGGUCAAUGCUGUUAAUCCUGGCCCGGUAAAGACGGAUAUGUGGGCUGGUACUACACCCGGAUUUAAGAAGAAUUUGAGGCCCUUCAUUCAACAAACGCCUGGGAGUGCGAUCAGACCAGAGGUUGAUGAUGAAGAUCUGGUUGCGGACGCGGAGAACGCGGGUGGUAGACCUGCGUAUGUUGGUGAGAUUGCUGGUGUAAUUGGCAUGUUGUGUACGCCGGAUAGUUUGUGGUGCACUGGACAAGUGGUUUGUGCAAAUGGAGGAAUGAGAAUGGCGAUCUGAGGAAAGGCAGUUUCGAGGAUGUAGAGGCGCAGAGAAGAUAUAUAUAGCACAUCGCAUGUCAGAGAUGUAUAGAAUGGUUUCAUGUUGAAAUGAAGUUUUACUGCAAUUGUUUAGCU